GGUUAAUCUUCUGCAUUGUGUAAAAAGGCCAUUUGAUCCUCUGCCCCCACUUCUUCAAAUGUACACCUGAUAAGACAGACUGAACCUGUAGCCACAUGCACAAGCUCAGUUUAGUUUUUUUUUCUUGGGAGAGUGCAGGUGAUCAGCACAGGGCCAAUCAGCACUGUCCAGAUAAAGGUCAGUGGUUUUGCAUCCUCCUAGAGAAGAAAGAGAAAACUUCUCCUACAAGUUUUAACCAGUGCUCUGCUGAAGUCACAAGACUGCCACAUAUGCAAACUGUUGUAAUUCCU